AUGUCCUCUCCUAGAAUCCAGCGAUGGGCUGUGCCCCUGAGAGCAUACGAAUACAACAUCAUCUACAAGGCUGGCAAAGAUCAUGGCAACGCAGAUGCUCUAAGUCGGCUACCAUUGCCAAUGGAAUCUUCCACCGAGCAGGAGGAAAGAGUUCUAAUGCUGGAGAAUGCUGAUAUCACCCUGAUCACAGCAGUAUUAUCUCGGGUAAGAGAAACAGUGCAUGAAUUAACAGGAACGGAGUUUGACCCAUUCACAUUAAGGAAAGAUGAAUUAAGCGUACAGGAUGGUUGUGUGCUUUGGGGGGCCAGAGUAAUCAUUCCCAGUGUGGGUAGACCAGAAGUUCUGAAACAAUUGCAUCAGUGUCACACCAAGCAGGAGGAAAGAGUUCUAAUGCUGGAGAAUGCUGAUAUCACCCUGAUUACAGCAGAACAGGUGAGGGAGUGGACAAGAAAAGAUCCAGUAUUAUCUCGGGUAAGAGAAACCGUGCAACGCGGAUGUUUGCAUGAAUUAACAGGGACGGAGUUUGACCCAUUCACAUUAAGGAAAGAUGAAUUAAGCGUACAGGAUGGUUGUGUGCUUUGGGGGGCCCGAGUAAUCAUUCCCAGUGUGGGUAGACAAGACGUUCUUGAACAGUUGCAUCAGUGUCAUCCAGGGGUGUCUAGGAUGAAAGCUUUGGCCAGAAGUUAUGUGUGGUGGCCCAAGUUAGAUCAGGAUGUGGAAAGGCUGGUUAAAACCUGUUGCACGUGCCAAGAGCAUAGGAAUGUUCCAGCUGUUGCCCCACUGCAUCCUUGGAAUUGGCCAGACAAACCAUGGCAACGUUUGCAUGUGGAUUAUGCAGGACCGUUCAUGGGAAACAUGUUCUUUGUUUUGAUUGAUGCACAUUCAAAAUGGAUGGACGUGUAUCCAGUGAAUUCAGCCACAUCUGCCUCCACUAUUGAAUGUUUGCGGAAGAGCUUCAGUAACCAUGGAUUACCUGAACUGAUUGUAUCAGAUAAUGGUCCUUGCUUCAUUAGUGCCGAAUUCAAAGAGUUCCUUCAUAAAAAUGGAGUACGGCAUGUUACUUCUGCACCUUACCAUGCUUCUAGUAAUGGUUUAGUGGAACGGGCUGUCCAAAUUGUGAAAACCAUGCUAAAAAAAUGUGUUGAUGGAACAAUAGCAACUAGAUUGUCUCGAGUUUUAUUCAGUUAUAGGAUCACUCCCCAGACCACCACAGGGCUCUCUCCAGCGGAAAUGUUGUAUGGAAGGAAAUUACGCUGUUCAAUGGACUUUAUGCAUCCUGAUUUGACAAGGAAAAUUCAUGAACAACAACAAAAGCAAAAAAUCUAUCAUGAUAAAAAGGCCCGUGAACGGAGUUUUUGUGUUGGAGAUCCAGUACUUACUCGGAACUUUACUUAUGGACCGAAAUGGAUUCCGGGUCAUAUAGCGACUGUGACUGGACCACUUUCUUAUAAAGUAAUGGUGGGCGAUGGACGAGUGGUUCGACGGCAUGUGGAUCAAAUUCAUGGCCGACAGGAAUUGCUUGUAAACCCUUCAGAAGAGGGAAUGGACUGUAAAUUCCCUGAUUUUGACAUUCCUGGAAACUCAACACCUGUAGUUGUUAAAGAGACUGAGGGAACAGGGACUGAGGACAUUUCUAGUGAAACUAAUCCCUCUGAAGCAUCUGGGGAUUCCUCUCAACAUUCGGAGAUAAUCACUGAAAUUAACAAACCUGCUAGUCCUGUUGUAAUUAUGAGACGGUCACAAAGAACCAGGAAGUUGCCUACCCAUUUGAACGAUUAUGAACUGAAGUAA